AGUGAUCUACAGCGCAUCUCUGUGCAAUCAAGCAAACCAUGUAAAUAAAAUGGAGGACAUUACACUGAUAGUGGCGGGAAUCAUCCUGUUAUUUGUGCUCCUCUGCUCGACCAUAGCUGGUUUUCUCUAUAUCAGUGGUGUUUUAUAUACAAUAGAUGUUGGAGCAGGUACCCCACCAAUAGGACAGGCUGUGGUUGCCUACAAAUUUGAGCAAGGGCCUUAUAAAAAUGCUGGAAGCUUGUUUACAGAAGUUUGCUGUGUUGCGCCUGACUACAAAUGUCUGGGCAUCUACUAUGACAAUCCAAACGAGAUACCAGGUGAUAAGUGUAGGUACAUUGUAGGAGCCAUUCUCAGUGAAGGCGGGGUGAAAGUUGAACAGGAAGUGCUGGAUCGGAUGAAAUCUCAAGAUUUUAAAAUCAUCGAACUACCUGCACUAACAAAUUGCGUGAAGACGUCAUUUCCAUAUAUUAAUUCAUUUUCCAUCAUGAUAGCUGUAAUGAGAGUCUACCCAAAGAUAAACAGAUAUAUUAAGGAGCACAAAUUAUGUGCUUAUCCUAUGCUCGAGAUCUACGAGCCUACAGUUAUAAACUUUAUGGCACCUCUGUCACAGCAAGAUCAAUUCUUUGUUAAAGAAGCUCUCGAUUGUAUACCUGAUGAAUACAAAACAGAGGAAAAUGAUGAUUCUUUGUUCGACAUAUCUGCCAGAUCAAGUCCUGCCUCUAGCAGGGGCUCGCGUAGUGUAUCAUCAUUUAGUCGUAGUUAUGUUAGUAGUCGCCACGGUGACCAAACAUUCACUGAUGAUGAGGAGUCCGAUAUGGAUAAUACAAAUGAUGCCGAUGAUGUUAAUGAAAGUGUUCAAGAUGAUGAAGUGAGUUCUAGCAUUGAGGUACGGGCAUCUAAGGCGUGCACAAAUCUUCUGGAGGAACAUGAUGAUCAUCUUACGAAGGAGGAGGAAGGGUUCAGGAUUGCUGAAAAAGAUGAUUCCAUUCAAGUUGGUGAAGAAAGUGGUAUAAGCUUACAUGAUUCGGGUAUAAGCUCUGGACGUACUUCCGCCAUUCCUACAGAAGCAGAGAGUCUGUCAGAUGUUCGAAGUCCAACUGAGGCCGAUGGUAACGAUUCAUCAUCGUCUUUUGAAGAAAUUAACAUGGAGACUGUAGAAAAAGAGAUCAUCCCUGCAGCAGAAAAUAUUGAAACAAGGGCCCAGUAAUGAUAAAAUUAUUUUACUAUAUGUCAUUAUAAAGGACUGUUUUUUGAUUAGCAUCAGUGUUAUUUACACACCUGAUAUUUUCAUGACAUAUGGUACUAGUAUGAUAGGACUCUUCUUUAGGGUGAUUAUAGCCAGAAGGAUUAGUGAUGCGCUGUACUACUAGAAAUAACGCCAUAGAUAAUUUUUUGUUCUUAUUCUUGGGCUUUCAUAUUUAUAAUGCUAUCAUUUGGUUCGACCAAAGCUUGAAAAACACUGUAAAACUAUUACUUUGAAUGAUCAAAGGUGAAGUUUUCAUGAUUAUGCUCUAGAAUCAAAAUUUUUCUUUUGAGCUAAAAGAAUGUUUUAAUAGGAAUUAAAAAGUAAGUGUAUUAUAAAUGUAACUUGUUUUAAUUAACUUGUCUUUGAUAUGUCCUUUCUCAUUGUUGAUUAAACUUAAAAUUCAUGAAGCACAAGAAGAGUUUUGUAAUUGUUAAUUUAUUAAAAAUUAUAAUUGUAUAUUUUAUAAUCAUAAUUUUCUAAAUGUGGCCUAAAACCAAAAGCAGGGCACUCAAAUAAAUUAAUACACUGAACUUUUUGUGAAGUGUUUUUUUAAAAUCAUUGUAUAUAUUACCUGUAUUGUUAAGUUAAUUCAGUAAAUAUGUACAGAUACCUUUACAACAAAACGUUUUAUGUAUAUAUACAGUAUUAUGAUUAAUUAUGUAAAAGAUUUGUUUCCAUAUCUCAGAUGAUUUUUUCCUUUGCAUUUGUUGAGUAGUACAUUCUUACAUAGUCCUGUGACCGACAGACCUAAUAUUUGGUUUAAAGGUUACAUCACAACUAGUAAAUGACCUCUAUUGAGUUUGAUGUAAUUGGGUCAAGGUAAAUGUUUGUCAAGGUCACUGUGACCUUGACAAGGGUUUGUCAAACCAGGAAAUAGAGUACAGUUCUUAAAAUUGGAAGGUAAAUGGUCAUGGGAAUUAUAUUAGAUGACCACCAUUGAUUUUGAGGUCAGUUACAUGCAGUCUAAGGUCAAAGUCACUAUGACCUUGACAACAAAAUAUUGUUUAUUUAAAAACUAAACAGAAGUAUUGGCUACAGAUCUAAGAUAUGGUUAGGAGGUUAGACAUGACCUGUUUCAUGUUGACCUGAACAAAGUUGUCAGAGUUCAUGCAAUAUCUAAUUGGUUGCUUUUUGAAGGGCAUACUUGUUCAACAAAUCACUUUUGUUGAUUUUCUUUUUUUUUUCUUUUUUCCAAUGAAAAAGUACAUGUAGUUAUAUUGACCUUAAAAACUACAUGUAGAACAGACAAAGUUUUGAUUGAUAUUUGAAUUUUUUAUUGAAUUAAAAAUGUGAAGGAGUGCAAUGUUUUUGAGAUGGUACAUAUGAAUUAGUAUAUUUUCUUUUAUUUAUUUUUUCAAUAUGCAUGCAUUAUGAGAAUAUAUUCAGUUAUAAAAACCAAGUUUGAAAUGAACAUGUAAUUAAAAAAAUCACCCAGUGUGGUCAAGUUGUGUCAUUAAUAAUGAUGCGGGGAUAACCUGAUAUACUAUAUAUUUACACAGAUUUCAGGUAAUUGUAUUUUUAGCAACAUUCCAGUAUUUUUACAGUGCUUGCUUGAUUGGCUAUUUUGUGAUUUAUUCUGUUAUAAAAUUUCCACAGCCUAUUGGCAUUUAAAAAGUGUAUGUAGUUUUGAAAGAAUCAAAAGUAAUAUGUCAGGAAGCAUAUACACAAAGGGUAACCUUGGGAAAUGGCAUUUAAAAAGUUAAACACUUUUAGCUUGGUUUUACAUUUUAAAACUUUACAUGUUGUUAAAUUUAAGAGAGGGUCUCCAUGGCUAAGUGGUUAUGGUUACUGACUUUGAAUCACUUGCCCUUCACCACUCUUGGUUCAAAUCCCACCAUGGAAUUGAGAUUCUUUUGUGUGAAACAGCACAUGGGUAUAAGUUUUCAGGCAUUUGCCAAAAGUUCAGAUUUUUUCUACUCGUGAAAGCUUCUUAGUCUAUAUAAAACCUUUUGAAUGCUGAAAAUUUUCAGAUUUUUUUAACACGCACCCAUGUAUCUAGCAAGCUUAUUGCUAAGGUCAACAGCUAAGUCCAGUGGAUGCUCUCCCGUCAAAUAAUGAUUGGAGGGACUGAUUUUCUUUAGUAAGUGAAGCUGGGAUAUCAUCGUAUGAUCUUUAUAGUGUCAUUGUGAUGAGUUAUAAGUAGCACAGAAUGGUUAUGGUUUGUUAGAGCUUAGAUAUUAUUUUAUAACGGGUUAAGUUAGAGGGAUCAUUAUAUUUUGUAUUUCACAGAAGUUUUUAUCUUAGCAACUAUCACAAUCUGUUUUUAUGUGGUGUAUAAUUAUAUGUAUGAAAUGGUGCUUUAUUGUGAAGUGUUUUUCUCAUCAUGUUAAUAAUACAUACAUGUAUUUUGAAAAAAAAGGUUUAAAUAAAGGUCAUAAAUCAAAAUGCAUACUAAUGAAUAGACGGGACUUACCAUAGUUUCACUGAAAAGGAUUAUGGAAAGUGCAUCAUGGCCUUUGCACCUUAACUUUGGCUCUGGCAAAAGCAGUUUUUUCUCCAUUGUAAGAAGUAUUUAAUUCCUCAUUUUCAAAGGAUAAAGAAACUAGAGACAUGCAAAAUAGCGUCAUAACAUCUUAUACAAUGAUAAAACUCAUCAUAAUGUAUUGAAUGUAUCAGAUUUUGUAAGUAUUAUGAUAAUUAUGUGUUCUGUACAUGUAUAUUGUUGGUAAACAAAUGUGCUUUCAUUCAUAUUAUAGUAUAAAUGUAAUGUUUGUUGGUUGUAAAUAAAAACAAAGACUGGGA